AAAUAGCGAUCAGUCCCGCAUUGAUUAUUAUAUGCCUAGCACAAUACGCCAUUUCCUUUAAUUUCGUGGUUAUCACAUAAAGUCGUGGCGAACCUAUACCAGAAUCUCACCAUACAUUUCGAAAACUUAUUGGUAAACGAAGUAUAAUUUUCCCGUAACAGGUAUACAUACACACACACAAACAUAACUGUCUGAUAGAGGAGAUCAACAGGCACACCUAUUAAAUAAACCUUCUUCAUCAACAAACACCGUUACAGCGUACGGCCCUUAGCUAAAAAACACUAUUUAGUGCAGGACCAUUAGUCCUUCGACCUCCUCGCGCUACUCUAUAAGCCACGCCUGUACUCUCUACGUCAAUGUUUUGAAACCCCUCCCUCACUACCUACAUUUUAUUUUCUCGUUCGCCCGAGUACGUAUAUAUAAAGGAAUGGUAGGUGUGUUUUGGAAGACUUGGUAGUGCGUAGUUGUUGUUUUUCUGAUACAAGGACUUUGUGUGAAUUUCCUUCACACAGUUGCUUUAGUAGUUAAAAGGUACUGAACAGAAGAAGAUCAUGGCAUUUUUUACGAAGCUGGCGUUGUCUGAAACGGCUCGCCAAGCCGUGCUUAAGGAGCUCCCUGCUGCUGCUGCAGUGAGCAGAGCAACCUGCAGAAGUCUGUUUGGUCCCGUUGAUCAUGAGGAGCUAAAGAAGGAUUUGAAAGAGCAGCUUAAAGAAAUGCAGAGUCACGAUCGUUUGAAGUGGAAUUUCGAUUUCAAUUCUGAAACACCACUGCCAGGUGUUUUUGCCUGGGAGAGCUUAAAAAGUGAAAACUUGCCCAAUUUCUAUAGAGACAUCUUUUACUCCAAUGUGGACCCAAACAGCAGACCACUUUCAGCUAAAGAGCAGCGCACCUUGGAUGAUCUUCAGUGGAAAUUAAGCAUACAGACUAAUAAUCGGUUGCUUGAUGGCUUGACUUACGAUCGGGUGAAGAACGAUAAGUUACCUAGUGUGCACGGAGAGAGCUCUAAUGGGGCGGAGGUCGUGCCAAGUACUGCUGUGUUCGGAGAAGCGUAUCCCCUGGGCAAAGGGCAUCGGUGUACAGAAUCGCAAGUAAUUGAACAAACUACGUUAUUGGGGUCAAAUGGCACAGGACUUGUCAAGAAAAAAACUUUAAGUAGUGGAAGUCCUACUUCGAACCAGAUCCCGAUGGGUACAAACAAGCGACGGGCUGCCGGUAGUCUGAAAAGGGCAAAUUCCGCAAAGAAGUCUGAUGUGACCCAGAAUCCAAUCACAGAUUAUUUUACUAAACGUAAACGAACCACGGUUGCUGGACCACCGAAGGUAACUACCCCGAGGGCCAUACUCCCUUUGCGGCAGCCUGCUGAGGCCCUCAGCGAAGUACACCGAAAACUCUUUCGAUAGGAAAAGCCAGUAGCACAUUAUGCACUACUUUCAAAACCAGAAAAGGCAAGAGAGGACCAGUCCCCAGGCGGGCGUUAAAACAGCAAGAUUGGUAUUUAUUCUAUUGGGAAGAGAUGCCCUGGACGUCCAGAACACAAUCCAGGUUGUAGCCGAAGCUGAAAGGGAAAGUGCCAAUCCAAUUAGAGAAACUUUAUUUACUGCCCAAGACGUGGUUACUUGUAUUUGAGAAUAAGAAGGACGUUAUUUUGGGAGUUAGUUGUGGUAGCUUUCCAUGUAUAUCCUUGAAAAUGGACAGUAAAGGGCUACAUAACAUUAGCCCGAUCUGAGUAUUGGAUGUAUGCAACACUUAACGGUUUUGUCCUUAACUUCCAGUGCUUGCAUGCAUGUAUGUAGCAUGGUUUCACACAGUUGUCACUUGCAAAUGUUCUUGUAAUUUCACUGUUUUCGAUUUGGACCAUGUGGAUAUCUUUGUUCUUACAGAAGGGGUGGUCAUUACAAUGUAGUGUUCCAAUUGUUAAAUAUAAUGCUUUCUAAAGAUUUAUCUUUUGUAUAUGUGUACAGCAAAUGUUUAUUUUGUGUAUAGUUACAGAUCAUUUUGUAAGGCUAAUCAUUGUGUAUGUUGGAAGUCUGUUACACUUUGUCAGCAAGGUGCUAUCUCGCCUUGCUCUAAAUUUUGUGAGUUCAAGACUCUGCCUCAAUUGAAAUCAUGGUAUGUGUGCUCGUCCAUUGCAUAGUUGAGGGUUUCUCCCUCCCCAUUCUUAAAAAAAAUCGUGUUUACAGUGAGGGGACCAUACUGAAGGAAGUGGGUUGUAGUGGCAAACACACACUUCAUUUGCUUGUAAUGUGUACCUGGUUUUGCAUUGUAUCUUUGGAGUUCUGUAUGCCUGUAUUGCACAUUAUGCACUCGGGUUGGGUUCAUAAAACAGAUUCAUUCUUUUACAACUUACAACUUUUGAGGUGUAGUAUGGGCACUGGCAUUUCACCACCUACUACUUUGUAAAAAGCUUUUUGUUUGUAUAUGUGUAAAGAGAAAAUUAAGUUAUAUAAUUUAUAUGAUGUACAGUACUGACUAGUUCUGGCUGUCCUGAACUCCCAAGUAUUCCUAUUGUGGACUCACUGGACUUGCAUAUUCAUAUGCACAUAUUGGCAUAAAGCAUUUUUUUUCUUUGUAUACAGAGAUUCACUAUAACAUGAUAAAAAUAAAUUUUAUACAUUUUUUCA